AUGACGUGUACGCAAGGGCAAGGGUCCGAGCUAGAUUUCGUCAUCGUUAGCCGCACCCUAGAAGCCCUGACCACGAUCAGGAUCGAUUGGGCUGUGCCGUGGAAGCCUCACUGUGCCCUGAUCGUAAGCAUAAAGGGUGCAGGAGCAGCAGACCCGCAGUGGAGAGUGCAACAGUUCAGCAAGCUUGCGCUUGACCUCGCCGAGGACGAGUGGCCGCGAGUUUCCGCGACUAACCCGGAAAUCAUGUGUGCUGUCGGUGAUGACCCGGCGGGUUUGAGAGGAAACCUGUGGAAGCAGACCCGCGGAAAUGCACAACAGGCGGAUGUUUGGUUGGAGGCUGCAAAUUGGCCAGACGAGGCCACCGCCUUUUGUGUCAAGGUUUGUGAUGCCUUCCACGGCCAACGUGCCGAAGGACUGCAGAGGCUCUUGGAAGAGGCCCAGGUGUCGGAGUCAGAGGCGCAAGUUGCACAAAGCAGGCAGAGUCAGAGCUUGCAAGACUUCAAGCAGUUGCGCCGACAACAGUGGGUAGGUAUCUGGGGAGAGGCCCGUCGCGAGUUGGUCCUUAGCCAGGAGCUUGUCACCAAAGCACAGGAAAGCACUUUGCCUUCCAUCACAGGAGAUGAGAUUUCCGUGAUUGUUCACAAAGCCGCUGACAAAGCAGGAGGUUUAGAUGGCCUCACUUAUGCUGGCAUGAGGGGGCUACUGAAGCAGGCUUAUGAAGAGCUGGCUACGGUGCUCAACGCAGCCGAGGCUGAGCUGCAGGCCCCGAUUCACUGGACACAGAAUCAACAGUGGAUGAGGGAAACUCAAGCAAGCACGCCUUGGGAUAGAGCCACACCGGGCAACACAUGUUUGCAGGUGGCCAUCCAUCGCCUUCUCAAGGGAGAAGUUUUGGAGCAAAGAUUGGUUGAUGCAAAUUUCCCCCCCAAGGUGGCUGCCCUAACACUGCAAGCCUAUCGUGGCACACGACAUAUUGUUAGUGAAGACAUCUUGAGUGCAUGCAUACACCCAGAGAAAGGGAUCUUGGCAGGUUGCCGUUUCGCAACAGCCAUGGCUCGUGUGUACCUCAAGCCAAUCCUGCAAGAUGUCAGCUCUUGUGAAGGACUCAAGGGUUUAGAUACAUGGGUCGAUGAUAUAGGUGCUGAUUUUGAAGCUCACUCUCCGCUUCAAGUGGCGAAGCAGGCAUUUGCCGGUUACCGCAAGUUGGCAACUCUCCUUGCAGACAGCGGCCUCAAACUUUCCGAGGAGAAGACUGGCUUUCUGGCUAGCACCAAAGAGGCGCGCAAAGCUUUGCAAGAGGUUUUGACCACUAGCGAUCCGAAAAUCUUUCAAAGUAUGAGGGAUUUAGGGGUUGAUUGUGGUUUGGGCAGGGUAAGGAGAGUCAAAGUGCAACGGAAGCGCUGGCAAAAGGGUAGGGGACGGAAGCAGAAGCUGGAUAGACUCAGGGUGCCAGAUCAAUCAUUCCGCAUCCGCCUGUUCUGCGGCGGUGUAUGCUCCUCGCUGAUGUGGGGCCACCAGGCGCAAGGUUUCCCCCCUAGUAGAGUGACGUGGCUUAGGCGAGCUGUUGGUCAACAAAUGGGUUUACACAAGAUGGGGUGCCUGGAGGUAGCGCUAGCAGCUCAGAGCCACAGAGUACGUGACCCAUGGGCUGAUGUGCUUACACAGCAAGUGCAGUCCUGGUUCAAGGCCCUCGACAGAUGGGGACGAGACAAGGCGCCGAUUGCACGCGUUUGGGAGCAGACUGCGGCAUCUUUCAGCGACAACCGACAGAAUUGGCAUCAUGUUAAGGGGCCUUUGGCGGCCACAGUGGGGCACAUGACAGGUAUCCAAUGGAACGUGCAGGAGGCCUUCGUUUGGAAGCGGCCGGGCCAAGGGGCCAAGUGCAGAGCUUUGAUUGACGACGUGAAAGCUGAGGGCUGCAGACGCAUUGCACGGAAGGUUAAUUGCCCAGAGCUGGUGAAAGGGAUUGAUUGGUCGGUUGGGCGAAAGCUGCUUUCCAGAUUUAUGGCCAAAGGUGAUGCCCUUAGGUACCAAGGGUUGAAGGCUUUGUGGCAGGGCAGCCUUGUCCAUGACGGCAAUAGUCCCGUAAAGACGUGCCCAAAGUGCAAUGUUGCAGCUAGUUGGCGUCAUGUCCUUCUUGACUGUGAUUGGUGGCUGGACAAAGGUUUCGACACUCCUCAUUGGUAUAACCAUGAGUCAACCGUUGCAUCUAAGCUGCCGUGGACUCGGGGCCUGCGUGUUGCCACCAGGUUUGCGAUUCCGGAACUCUGCGAAAGCACCGGUUUAUGGCAGGAUGCACACACCAUUGAUGGUCGGGGUCUCACUUUCAGUACCGAUGCCAGCGGAGGGCCUUUCACUCGAGAUGCUAGACUUCGGGUGGUUGCGGUUAGUGUUGCGGCCUUCAAGUGGGUAGACAAUCAGCCUCAAACCGUUUUCCGCGGAGAGCUCUUUGCGGUCUUGCUCUCACUCCAACAUGUUGAGGGGCCUAUUGAUUGCACUAUGGAUUGCCUUGGAGUCCAUAAGCGGCUACGUGGUACGUGUCAAGGUAAGUUUCAUGCUGACCUUUGGGAGCAAGUGAGGCAGCAAGACCCACAGCGGCUCAAAACUGUAUGGAUUAACUCUCACCUUGGCGAGCGUGAGUUUGUCGAGAAGUUCGGAGCCGACCAGUUGUGGCGUCGUGACACAAAUGCUGUGGCCGAUAAGCUCUGCAAUGACCUAGCUCACAAACUCGCAAACCAUCAAGGUGCCAGGACUCUGCAUGCAGAAGAUGCGGUUUUUGAAGCGACUCUUGAGUUGCUCAGUGGCCGUGCCGCCAAGGUCUUAACCAGUCAAGGUGAUGAAGCUCACCCUUGCGUCAAAAGUUUUGAGGCCGCUAAGGCUGCCAAAAAGCAAGCUUCCCAGGUUGACAUAGGCGGCAAGCCCAGACUCUGUAGGAAGCGCAUUGGGGCCAAUGUGGGCCACGGCCAUACACAAUCGCAGGCAGAAUGGUUCUUGACUUUAGUCCAUAGAGCACAGGAUGCGAGCGGGCAUUCUUGGAGAUGGCAAGGGCUUGACUUGUCCUGUGAGCGAUGCAGUCUUAAGCUGUUGCAUAGCAAGAACCGUAAAGUCUUGGAAGCCAGAGCUGCGACACCCUGUGGCGCAGAUGGACCAGCGACGUUUGACGGCGUUCACGCAACGCAUUGUGUGGAAAUGCUCACAAUGCGGAGGGCAAUUCUCGCUAACCAGCUGUCAAGUCACCGCCAAGCUUCGUGUUAA